CCUUCUCCUCCUCCUCCUUCACCGGCCGGAUGGUCUGAUACGGUGCUCGAUUAUCACCGUCGCCAUUCUGAAUUGAGGUAACAGAUAAAUGCCUGCACAAAAGUUUGAAUCGGGUCAUCAAGACACUGUCCAUGAUGUGGCAAUGGAUUAUUAUGGCAAGCAUAUUGCCACUGCCUCAUCAGAUAACACGAUUAAGAUGAUUGGAGUAAGUGGCACAACCAAUCAGCAUCUAGCAACUAUUCAGGGUCACAAAGGACCUGUUUGGGAGGUGGCUUGGGCUCACCCGAAGUUUGGUUCUUUACUUGCUUCAUGUUCCUAUGAUGGGCGUGUCAUGAUAUGGAAAGAAGGGAAUCAGAAUGAGUGGAGUCAAGCUCAUGUUUUUGGUGAGCACAAGUCUUCUGUCAAUUCAAUUGCUUGGGCUCCUCAUGAAGUUGGACUCUGUUUGGCUUGUGGUUCAUCUGAUGGGAACAUAUCAGUCUUCACUGCAAGAACAGAUGGUGGUUGGGACACCUCAAGGAUUGACCAAGCUCACCCAGUUGGUGUCACUUCUGUUUCAUGGGCCCCAUCAACUGCACCUGGAGCACUUGUUGGUUCUGGUUUGCUUGAUCCUGUUCAUAAACUUUGCUCUGGUGGCUGUGAUAAUACAUAAAGGUGUGGAAGCUCUACAAUGGGAUCUGGAAACCGGACUGUUUCCCAGCACUCCAAAUGCAUACAGAUUGGGUCAGGGAUGUUGCUUGGGCACCCAACUUGGGCCUACCAAAAUCCACUAUUGCAAGUGUCUCUCAGGACGUAAAAGUAAUUAUAUGGACUGUCGCCAAGGGAGGGGAUCAGUGGGAAGGGAAGGUUUUGAAUGAUUUCAAUGCCCCUGUUUGGAGAGUCUCCUGGUCACUGACUGGAAACAUUUUGGCUGUGGCUGAUGAGAACAACAAUGUAACAUUGUGGAAAGAAGCUGUAGAUGGGGAGUGGCAACAGGUGACAGUAGUUGAGCCAUAGAACUCUAAUAUUCCCAUCUCUCAUAAUACCAGUCAAUGUUCUAGGGCACAUUUUGUUGAUUUAUCAGAACUGCCAUCUUCACCUUUUUCACACCAUUACACAGUUGAUUAGUUUUCUUGGAUAUUCUUCAGUGAUUGCUGGUCUUUUAAAUGCUUCAAAGCAUUAUAUUUAGAGACGAGGUAUCUGGAAGUCUAGAAGUUCUAUUGAGAUUUACCUGCUGGGCUCUAGCCUUCUAGGACAUUGUUGCUAGAACUAAAACAAUGAUUCUGAGAUAGUAGAAAUGUUGACAAAUAUGAUAUUACAAAACUUAAGCGAAUAAUUUGUGUAGAAAAAGUGAUGCAUAAUUUUGAGAAAAUGGAAUAAUUGUUGCCUCCCACAGUGCAUAAAGGUCAAAGAAUUAUUUCUGAGAACGUUACUGAUUUUAUCUCUUUUGUGGUUCUUUUCUUAUAUGAAUUACCAUGUAGGAAUGAAUCAUCUAUCUUUUC